GCUAGACCUGUUGACAUUUGCAGACUUCCAAUGGAUGCCCCUUCCCCCGUCCGGUCGAUUGUCGAAACCGCAUUGCAACGUGCUCAUGGCACAAUUGCAUGAUUACUUGCACACUGCAGUACCAACUCCGUUGAUGGACGCUGGAGUAGAGGUUGUCGACCUUCACGACUACGUUGCGAAGAUCGACCACGAGUUCAAGACACAACGGUACGACGACAUCGACGUGCCAUUGUUAUACAUACACAUUCAGAUCGGAGAGGCGACCUGCAUCGCUUUGGUCGAUUGCGGAGCCACUCGCAACUACAUGAGCCAAAACUUUAUGGUACGCGCUGGCCUGGGGCCACGUGUUCACAGGAAGUCACAGCCCACGCAAGUCACAUUGGCCGACGGUCAUACGCACAAGUCAAUCGACCGGUGCAUUGAUGUCGUCCUCGUGUACUUUGCCCAGCAUGCAAGCGAGGCCGUGUCCUUCGAUAUUUUGGACACCAAGUUCGACGUGAUCUUGGGCAUGUCAUGGCUGCGAAGCGAGGAUCACCCGCUUCUCGACGCCUACGGCGACAUGUUCGACGCACCGCACAGAGUAGUACCAGAUCGGCCCAUCCACCACGAGAUCAUCCUCGAGGCCGGGGCCGUACCUCCGCGUGGUUGCAUCUACCGCAUGAGCGAGGAAGAGUUAAGUGUGCUACGGGCACAACUCGGCGACCUUCUCGAGAAAGGCUGGAUUCGGCCUAGCUCUUCACCAUACGGUGCCCUUGUUCUCUUCGUCCGGAAGAAGAACAAGGAUUUGCGGUUGUGCAUCGAUUAUCGCAAGCUCAACGCGCAAACCGUCAAGAACGCUGGCCCUCUUCCGUGCAUCGACGACCUCCUCGAACGGUUGGGCGGCGCCAAAUUCUUCUCCAAUCUUGACCUUAAAUCAGGAUAUCACAAACUUGAGAUCUGGCAGGAGGACCGCUACAAGACCGCGUUUAAGACGCGAUAUGGGCAUUUCGAAUGGCUGGUUAUGCCCUUUGGCCUUACGAAUGCCCCGACCACAUUCCAAGCGACUAUGACAACGGAGUUCCGACACAUGCGGGAUAGAUUUGUACUCAUCUACCUCAACGACAUCUUGGUGUACAGCCGGAUUUUGGACGAGCAUGUGGARCACCUGCGCACCGUUUUGGAGCGGCUACGACAAGCCAAGUACAAAGCCAACCGCGACAAAUGCGAAUUCGCGAGGCAAGAGCUGGAGUACUUGGGACAUUAUGUGACGCCGCAAGGCAUCCGUUCGCUUGCGGACAAGAUCGAGGCCGUCCUCUUGGAACAACACGACGGCGACGACAAGCACCCCGUGGAGUAUUUCAGCCACAAGGUGCCUCCCAUCAAUUCACUUGAUGAUGAAAGGAAGGAGCUGCUCGCGUUCGUGAUGGUUCUCAAGCGAUGGCGGCACUUCCUCCUUGGGCGUCGUAGGUUCACAUGGGUCACGGACAACAACCCAUUGACCAACUACAAGACGCAGGAUACGGUGAGCAGCACGAUCGGACGAUGGAUGUACUUCAUCAACCAAUUUGACUUCACACCGAAACAUCUCGACGGGUUCUCCAAUCGCGCAACAGAUGCACUCUCGCGAAGACCCGAUCUUUGCGCCAUGACACAUCAUGCCUUCGCAUUCGACGAGGAACUCCAGCGACACUUCAUCAGGGGCUAUGAGUCUGACCCGGAUUUCGCCAUGUUGUAUGCGCAACUAUCUUCGGAUCACCCGCCGGCCAGCCACUAUCGCAUCGUCGACGGGUACUUUCUCCUCCACUUGCGAGGCAAGGACUUAUUGUGUGUCCCACACGACCGUCGUCUUCAGACUCGCCUUCUCGGUGAGUACCAUGACUCGCGACUCGCCGGCCAUUUCGGAGUCAAUCGCACUAUUGCACGACUUCGACAACGAUUCCGAUGGCCCGACCUCAUUACCGAUGUCACUCGGUAUUGCGACUCUUGCGAAGUUUGCCGACGAAGCAAGCCCCGCAACCGCAAUCCCUAUGGCCAGUUGCGCCCGAUGCCUAUCCCACGGGAACCGGGCCUCUCCAUUGCCAUGGACGUCACCGGUCCGUUUCCACGUGACCGCCUCGGGCACGACGGCAUCCUCACGGUCGUUGACUGUUUGAGUGCACUAUGGACCAGGCGCAUCCUCUCCCGCGUGUUGCGUGGUUCUGUCAAUGAUGGAGACCUGACGGAAAUUGAGGCUAUUGCUGCUGGGAAGGCAAUUUUGUUUGGCAAUUCUGUACGGCUGUACGGACUGAAUGUGGCUACCAUAGCCAGCUGUAAGGAUUCUGAUGUGGUGAACAUCCAUCACCAGCAAAGCUCAGCAGAAACUGUGAGGAGCCCAGUCAUCAUCCCGAACCAAAAUGGAUAUGUGCGGAUGAUGUGGAUGGACAUUUCAGCAAUGAGGAGGUGUAAGGCUGUUCCAAAGCAACGGUAUGAGAAAGUCACAAUUGUUGAAGGGAUGACCACCCCCGAGGCAGUGAUUUCACUACCGAGUCUGUAUGAUAAAAUCGCUACUGGAUGCCCAUAUGGACUACAAAAGCAGGUUUGCGUGAUCCCUGAAGAAGACACUCGUCGUACAAUUCCCUGGUUUCCUGAUCACGAGAUGGUGCUUUCAACCUUUUAUAUAGCGCCGGGAAAAGUGUGGGAAUCCUGUCCUCGAGGCACUUUGGUUCGCAUGCUUGCGCAGCUCAAAGAAGAGUUCAACCUGGAGCUAUAUACAGGUUUCGAACACGAAUUCUAUCUGCUAAAACCAGCCACAGGGCCGGAAAGUGAGCUGAGAUGGAUGCCUAUCGAAUGUUCAAACUAUGCAUCUACAGGAGGCUUUAAUCGUGUUGCCCCGCUGCUCUCUCGCAUGAGUGAAACUUUGGCUAAAAUGGGGAUCAUCGUUGAUCUGGUAAGGACAUUUUCUGGAGCCUGUGAAUGUGAAACUGUAGUGCGUGUGUUGGUGUAAUGUGUGUGUGUUUUGUCAUGUUUGCUAAACACAACUCCACAAAAAGCACGACUGAACACAACUCCACAAAAAGCACGA